AUGGAGAGAUUCUUUAAACGAACAUCAAACGAGUUAUCAUCACCCCUCAAAGAGAGUGAAAGAUCAAAACAGAGUCAUGUAGAAAUUGAUUUGGCUAAUCUUCCUUCUGAUCCUGGAGAAAGAAAUUAUCGAGUUCGACUAGGAGCAUCAGUCAAUUGCAUUCGGUUUCUUCUAAGACAAGGCCUCGCCUUUCGUGGUCAUGACGCGUCAGAGAACUCAAGCAAUCAAGGUAACUUUCUUGAGCUUUUGCAAUUUCUUAUUGAUCACAAUGAUGAAGUGAGAGCUGUUGCAUUGAAGAAUUUUCCUGAAAAUCUUAAAUUGACAUCACCUAGGAUUCAAAAGGACAUUGUUAAUGCUGCUGCUAUUGAAACUACAAAUGUUAUUAUGAGAAAUAUGAGUGAUGCCUUUUUUUCUAUCCUAGGUGAUGAAUCCAGGGAUGUAUCUGUAAAGGAGCAAAUGGCUGUUACCUUUCGUUAUGUGGAUAAAAAUGGGUGUGUGACUGAAUCCUUCAUAGGCAUUGAACAUGUAGCAAAUACUACUGCUAUCUCACUUAAGAAAGCUAUAUAUGCACUAUUCUCUAAACAUGGAUUAAGCUUCUCUAGGCUACGUGGUCAAGGUUACGAUGACGCGAGUGAUAUGAGUGAAGAACAUAAUGGUCUGAAGACGCUUAUUUUGAAGGAGAACUCGAGUGCUUUUUAUGUUCAUUGUUUCGCGCAUCAGCUUCAAUUAGUUUUGGUUGGUGUAGCCAAGAAACAUGAAAUUGUAGGUGCUUUCUUCACAUCAGUUGGUAGUGUUAUAAAAAUUGUUGAGGCAUCUUCUAAACGUCGAGACAUUCUUCGAGAAAAGCAAGCUUUUAAAAGACAUUGA